UUUGGUUGUCGUUGGGCCCGGAGGGUGUAGAGUGAGUAUCACAACAACAAUCUCUUGUCAUGCUGUGUCAUGUUUAGUGACCUUUUAAAUCGGAGACGCGUCGAACGAGAAAGGCGUACCCAACCUUCUGGCUCACCGCAGCAGUAUUGUCGACCAGACGCUGUACAGUGGAUUUCUGGCGUGGGGUACCGACGAUCGUUGCUGUAAAGUACGUAUUUACCUGAAUCAAUAGGUGACGUCACACAACAUGGCGAUUCUCCAGAACUGCUGCUGUUGCUGCACCGUCCGCUUGGGGUCGCUAAUCACCGGUGUCCUAUACGUGAUCAUACAUAUUGUGGACUUGGGGGUGAAGUCAAGCAGUGUUGCACUCGGAUGGCAAGUGUACGGAACCGAUGUGGCCUCGGUCGUUGUUGACAUCAUCGCCAUCAUUCUGGGCCUGUUGCUGAUCGUUGCCGUCUUGGGGAGCAUGAUGGCCUUGCUGCGCGCCUGGGUCGCCCUCGCCAUCCUCAUCCUGAUCACGGAGCUCAUCAUCAUCAUCUGUUUCACCGCGCUGACGCUGCAGGGGGUCUGGACCGCACUGGCUUCGCAAUCGUUUUGGUUGAGCCCUGUUAUCGGUGCCUGGAUUAUCUACUACUUUAUCUUCUAUAUCACGGUCUACGGUGUCUUGGUUGUCUACUCUCACUACCAAAACCUUCGGGACGGCAUUGAAGAAGAAUAAGGUGAUGGGAGUUUGGACAUAGAGUCAUGGCAGCUUUCUUACCUACGUCCGGAUUUUUGGAGAUGAAAAUUCUACUGCAGUUAAAUUCUUCGUAGAACUUUUAUUACAUAAUAGAGUAGAAGUUAACAUGGCGCUCUCUCAGGCCAAUGGUCCUUGUGCAUCUGAUUCCGUCAGCCAAUCAGAUGGUUCCCUAGCUUCUAUUGUAUUAGAGGGAGUUACCGGCCAAUCACUUUGCUUUUUGCUCAAAUGCGGCGAUGUGAUUGGCUAACUGGUUGCUAUCGCCAAUGUGGCGAAAAUGGCGGAUCGCAAACAGUCACGGUCGUUACUUGAUACAUGAUAAUAGCCUAAAUUGCCAAUGUUAUUCGCCGAUUGCUCCUUUAAUUACAAACGAACAGAACAAUAAGGGCCAAUUAGGUUGAUUGUAGCUGCAUUGAGCAUCUUGACAACUUAUGAUAGCAUUUUUAGGAGACAUUUAUAAGCAUUUAUAUAGAUAGAUAGCGUCAUAGGUUAAACGAUUAUUACUACCAGCUAAGGUAUAGCUGAGAUUUUAUUGUUUCACCUUUAUAGAAUAAACAUCAAAUUGGUUUGGUUUAUCUUUUAUCUAUCCCAAUGGAAUUCUUCUUUCCUGUUCAUUUCUAUUGCUGCUUUUUGAAUGUAGAUUUGACAUCACUGUUGUCAGAAUCAAAGCCGUUCAGUACAUGAUGUCGAAGCAGACUUUUUUCGAUUGUGCACCUAAAAAAUGUAGCUCCAAAUGCAGUGUGGUACUUGCAUGGUCAAUACGCGCAAAUAAUAAACAUGGGACAUUGAAAUCAAAAUGCUUAUCUGUCUGUAUAAGUGAAAUUUAUGCAAAGUAGCAAAUAUUUGUAUAAGGUGGAGUUUCGGAAGUAAGGUUUAAAAUUUUGUAGGAGGGGGUAGCGCUGGGAAUGCAACGCCUCUUGGAAAAAAAUAAACAAGAUUGAAAAUAAAAUACAAUUUUGAUCACAAAUGGC